AUCAUCCGAAUUGACAACCCAAAUUUUGAGUCCAUACUUGAGAAAUUGAGUCCAAUCAAACCAUGAAUAGUUCAAUAGCACCAAAAUAAUACUCCUACAAAGUACUCACUGCUGUUCUUCACCAUUAUCUACCUCCUUAGUCCUAUCUCCUCCUAUAAUUGCAGGCUACUGAAACUCAAGAACAUCACGGUUAAAGGGAAUCGCUGCUUUUGCAUUCUCUUUUAUAUUUACAGCAAUUUCAACAAUGUCGCGUUCUUUCACUGGUACUCUUCUUCCUCUCUCUCCUGUUCUUCUCCAUUUCUCACCUUUUUCUCUUCUUCCUUUUCAAUUUCAAUUUCUUUCUCGGUUUUACUCUUCUAAUUUUGAUGAUCGUCAUUUGAUUCUUAAUUCUGUUAGAGAUCAUUGCAAAUUAGGGUUUUCCGAUCUCAAGUUACCCCUUUCCCUCUUCAAUCAAUUGACCUCUUUGCGUCCUCUUCCUUCUGUUAUCGUCUUCAAUCAAUUAUUCACUGCCAUUUCCAAAUUGAAACGCCUUCAUCCUCAUUCCACCAUUAUCUCCCUUUCCAGGCAGCUUGAAUUACUGGGUAUUCGAUACGACAUGCAUUCGUUUGGUAUUCUUACUAAUUGCUACUGUCAUUUAGGCCGCGUUGAUUUCGGGUUUUCUGUCAUGGCUAAAUCCCUUAAACUUGGUUAUCCCCCCAAUAAUUAUACCUUUAACACCUUAAUCAAUGGUUAUAUACUUAAUGAUAUGCUCCCUCAAGCUGCUAUUUUGUUGGAUAAGAUUGUUAAGCUUGGUUUCAAACCCGACAUUUUUACCUGUGGUUCUAUGGUUAAAGGUCUUUGUAGGAUUGGUGACAAUACAUCUGCUCUCAAUUUGCUUAACAAAAUGAAAUCUGCUGGUUAUUGUAAGCCUGACCUUGUCAUAUACAGCACUAUUAUUGAUAGUCUUUGUAAGGAUAGGUUAUUACAACAAGCUAUGGACCUGUUAGCCGCUAUGAAAAUCGAGGGUGUUCAACCCGAUGUUGUCACAUAUAAUACCUUGAUUCGAGGCCUUUACAAUUCUGGAUGUGGGGAAGAGGCUAAGUGUGUUUUGACCGAGAUGUUAAAGAGCAACAUUGCACCAGAUGUUAAGACUUACAGCAUACUGGUUGAUAUGUCUUGUAAAGAUGGUAAUGUUGUGGAAGCGGAAGCUAUUUUAAGACACAUGACAGACAAGGGUGUAGCUCCUGACAUCAUUACUUACAAUGCUUUACUUGAUGGUUUUUGUUUGCGUGGUCAGAUGAGAGAUGCAAAAAAGCUACUUCAUAUCAUGGCCCAAAAUGGUUGUGAGCUUGAUCUAGUAAGUUUUAAUACUAUGAUCAAUGGAUAUGUCAAAUUCAAAAACAUUGAUAAGGCUCUUACUCUGUUCGAAUAUAUGUUUCAAAAAGGGAUAACACGGAAUGUUGUAACCUAUUCCACUCUUAUUGAUGGCUUGUGUAAAGCCAAUAAACUUACACUUGCACACCAGUUAUUCACAGAUAUGCAAGCUCACGGGGUUACUCCUAAUGUUAUCACGUAUAACUCAUUGCUAGAUGGCCUGUGCAAAAGGGCUCGGCUGGGUGAGGCAGUGGCAUUACUUGAAGAUAUGGAGGAUAAAGGUAUUAAACCUACUACUGUCACUUACAAUAUCCUAAUGAACAGCUUGUGUGAGGCCGGACAACAUGAAGAUGCAGCAAAAAUCUUCUCUGAUCUUGUAUCAAAGGGCCUGCAACCGAAUUGUAAAAUAUACACUACAAUGAUAAAAAGCUUCUGCAAGAAAGGGCUCAUGAGUGAAGCUGCUCAAUUGUUAAGCAAAAUGGACGAAGAUGAUUGCCCCCCUGAUGGUUGUACCUAUAAUACGAUCAUCCGAGGAUAUAUUCUCAAUAAUGACUUGUCAAAUGCACUAUACUAUUGUGACGUUAUGGUUAGCAAAAGAUUUAAAGCUGAUGCUGAUACUAUUUCGUUGUUUGUCAGGCUUUUGUCUUCUGGUAAUUUAAGUGACUCAUCAAAGGGCUUGCUUCAGAAAUUCAUCAGUUGAAUUGAAGGACUGCAGGAGUA